GGGGAAGUAUCCUUUGAUAUUGAGAUUAUCAAUAUAAAAUAUGAAUCAAGUAAAUAUGUAUUCUGGACUGUUUUAAUCCAGAGUAGGCCUACCUUACCAGUGACUUGACAGAGUAGGUCUGCUGGGGGGGUGACAUUUUCUGUGCUAAACAUCUUAACAUCAAGCAUGUUAUGAAACAGUGGAUUCGACAUGUAUUUCCCGACACAUCCAACAUCUCUAGAAGAAAACUAGAGCCAACAAGUUCUCAACACAUAUUUUGGCCCCUUGGUGGCCUACUUAAAAAGCUGGCUUAUUUAUCAUGUUAAACCUUUGCCGGAUGCUAGCGACGUGAUAUCACCUAUGAUGUAAUACCCAUGCUGGUAUUGCCGAUACAAUACUUUACAUAUGUAAGUUCUAGUUUAUGUGGACCCCCCCCUCCAUCAAAUCUGUAUUUGAGAGAAAUAAAAAGUAGGAUGUGGGCUUACCAAAUCCAAACAUUAGCUGCAUAAUAGGAAAUCAAUCUACUGUCACAUUCUUACUAAUAAAAUAGUCUGUGGUCUACAUACAAUCAGCCAUAGUCACUAGCCUAUGCUGGGAAAUGUAAAGGGCUGCAGUGGCUCACUGGGAGAAGCUCCUCACACAGCUGUAGCACAAGCUUGACUUUGACAGGCGGAAGAAGUAGUUCCCAUCAAAGGAGCAUAAUUAGACCAUCCUGGUGACAAUGCGCGACCAGAAAGGGCGGGACGGACGUCUGAUGCCGACUGAAGUUACUCCUUCAACUACUUCUGAUCAGAAGGAGUAAACCCACAGGACUAAAAAUGGACUGGUUCCACUGUAAUCAGUGCUUCACAAGGAGAGGGUCGAAGUUUGUUGUGGCCAGCUGUGGCCACAUCUUUUGCGGAGCGUGCAUUCAAUCUAAGCAGUGCAGCGUAUGUGGAGCCAGCUGCAGUUAUCUGCCCAUCACAGAUGAGAUGAAACCACAGGAAAGGGUGUUUUUCAAGGACCCCAUGAAGCUCAUCCAAUCACGGCUGGAGAACAUAUCACAGAUUGCGCUUUUUCAGAAGACACAGAUGGAGAGAGUCACAGCCCACUUCAAGCGUAAGUCUGUUGAACUGGAACGACAUCUGAAGGAAGUCACUGAGCAGGGUUACAGGCAACUCUCCGAGCUGAAAAGAGAGAAUGCUGACUUAAAAAAGCAGCUAUCAGAGCUGAAAAGAGAUACUGCUGAGUUGAAAAAGCCACUUUCUCAGAGGAGGGUUUCUCCAGGACCGUUUCAAAUAGAUGGUACUCAAAGGAUGUCACUCCCUGUGGCUGUCACCUCUCCAGUUACCCCUCGUUCAAGAACUAUGAGUCACUUAGGCUCUGCAGAGUCACAGGGCUGGGCCAGAGGUCCUAGUCUAUUCUCCCUCACAACUCCUGGAUCAGUGACUUCUAUUUCUAGCCAUAGUUCUCUUCAUGAACGUGUACGCAGAACGCCCACAUCCUUUAGCACCCCUACAAGAACUCCGCAUCAGACUCAAGUUUCCCAGCUCCAGUUUAUAGGUGGAAUAUCAAUACAUUCACCCAGGCGUUAAUGAAAUGGCCCCUAACAUAUCUGAGGACAAUUUGGUUACUUAAGUUCAUCAGGACUACCAUGUCUUAUGCAGAUUCAUUUUUCUACAUCGUUGAGUACAGGUAUUUUAUUUGUUCAGCUUACUGAUGUUACAAGAGGAAUUAACUUGCCAUAUUAUCUUGUUGGUCAUUGGUUGACUUAUGGUCAUGUUUUUAUGUGACGCAAUGGACUGUAGCACUGUGUCCAAGACACAUUUCCCUUCUGUGACAAUAAAGUUUACUCUACUCUCCCUCUA